UGUAAUUUUAUUUUACUUAAUUAAUUACAACAAGAUUUGUCCAUCAAUAUGUAUUAUAGUAAUCGGCUCAAUAUUUGCUAUUUUAACAACGUUAGGCAAUUUGAUGGUUAUGGUUAGCUUCAAAUUGGAUAGGCAAUUGCAAACGAUAAGUAAUUAUUUUUUAUUCAGUUUAGCUGUUGCCGAUAUUGCUAUUGGUAUGGUAUCAAUACCGUUAAUGACCUAUUAUGUUGCUGCUGAUACUAAAUGGGGUAUUGGUUAUGUUAUGUGCCAAUUUUGGCUGUGUCUUGAUUAUUUUAUGUCUAAUGCUUCAGUACUUAACCUACUUUUAAUAUCAUUUGAUCGAUAUUUCUCAGUUACUAGACCAUUAACCUAUCGUCCGAGGCGGACAGCAAAGAAAGCGUUAACAAUGAUUGCAAGCACUUACAUCAUAUCACUGAUUCUUUGGCCACCAUGGAUUAUAAGUUGGCCACACAUUGAAGGCCGAUUUACUAGCAGUGAUAAAUGCGUUGUUCAGUUUAUUGAAACGAAUCAAUUUGCAUCGGUCGGAACAGCUAUAGCAGCAUUUUAUCUGCCAUUAGCAAUAAUGAUUGUUUUAUAUUCAAGAGUUUAUUGCGAAACUAGAAAACGCCAAUUAGAAUUUUCAAAAUUGCAAGCUGGAGCUGUUCGUUCUUUCUUUCGUUGCUUUUGGAAUUAUAUAUUUAAGAUGAAAAAUAGGAGAAGUUGCUUAAAAAUUUGUAUGGGAAAGGCUGCAGCAUCUUCAGAGGAAAGUAGUGAAGUAAUAGCUGCGAAUGUUGAAGAAACUUCACUAACGAGUAGUACAUGGACACAUUGCCCUUCAGAUAAUUCGGAUUGUAUAACUGAGGGAAAUGUCGAGCAUUACUAUACGCCAACGCGGCAAUCAAAAUAUCGAACUGAUCGAUCCAAUACAUAUACUGUUUUAAUUGAAUUGAAUGAUACCAAAGGAGAAAGGCCAACUGUUCGACUAUCGUCAUGCGAUUCUGAUGAUCUAUCAUGGUUCAACGAGUAUAUCGGUGGUUCUGAAAGGGGCGAAGAAAUCUCAAACACAGAAAAGAAUGCGCAAAACGGUCGAAUUUUACGCAGUGAACCACGGAAAAGUGAAAAAGAACGCCGCAAAAAUGAGCGAAAACAGGAGAGUAAAGCGGCUAAGACUCUUUCAGCGAUUUUAUUAGCUUUCAUUAUAACUUGGACACCUUAUAAUGUGAUCGUAUGUUGGGAAGCAUUUUAUAAAAAUUCGAUACCUGAAGCGUAUUUUCUUAUAGCAUAUUUUUUAUGUUAUGUAAAUUCAACAAUAAAUCCAUUUUGUUACGCAUUAUGCAAUGCCCGAUUUCGAUUAACAUAUAUGCGAAUAUUGAAAUGCCGUUGGCAUCGUCAUCACAAUUCCUCAACAUUAACCACCGCUGGCUAUUUCUUAAGGAAAAAUUAA